UCAAACAGCUGAGAACGCGCGUGUAACGCCAGAGGGAACGCAGCAGAUGCACUGAAAGAAGAAACGCAGGGACACAGCAGCGCGUUACAACAUCUACCCAUGAACACCAAGCUUCUGCGGCAAACGUGUUCGGUGUGUGCUUUAGAGGCGAUGAUGCUUCGAUGAGGACGCCUGAUAGUUUAUUUCUCUGUCACUGAAGAGGGAACACGCAUUCUGUCACGGUUUUUGUCAGCGUUUUUUAUUGUUGAUGUUUGGCCUCGUUCAUCAACUCCCGACUGAACGAAAGAUUUAGGGAGAAAAAAAAUCAAAUAACCCUUUUUUAAAUAGCGCGAAGUGGAAGAACUGCGCGAGCCUUCGCCGUGAAAAUCAACAGCAGGAGCAGAAAUGUGACAUUUUUCACACGACCGUCGACCAUAUCGCAUGCUUUAAUCGAUAAAGAUGUCAUUACUUCAUGUCGUGUUCCUGCUGCUCACUGGGCCGGGUGUGAGUUUGUCUCAAGCUGAACAGCCAACAGACCCAUUUGGCUGCAGUUUUGGAAUUCCAAGACCAUACACUCUCUUAUGUGACCUGGAUGCUAUAUGGGGGGUGGUGGUGGAGGUCGUAGCAGCGGCUGGUGUAUUAGCUGCCAUUUUACUGUUGAUAGUGUUACUUUGUCGCCUGCACUCAGUGACUGAGGCACCAAAGCGAAGUGGCAUCGGUCCAAUUCUCUUACUGUUAAUGGGCAUUAUUGGGAUGUUUGGGCUUAGCUUUGCAUACCUUAUUGAGCAUAACGAGAGCAUUUGUGUGGUGCGACGUGCCCUCUGGGGUUUGUUUUUCUCCCUCUGCUUUGCCUGCAUGUUAGCACAGGGCUUGAGGCUGCGCAGGCUUGCACGUGAGUCUCGUAGCCCAGGCGGAUGUGCCCUCGUUGGACUAGUGCUAGGGUUAACAGCAGUACAAGGUAUUAUUGCUGCAGAGUGGCUUCUUCUAACAGUGCUGCGGGAGGGUAACCCGGCUUGCGACUAUCAGCAACUGGACUUUGCACUCGCUUGUGCCUAUGUGGUUGCACUCCUGCUGUCUGCCCUAGUAACUGCAACAUUAGCACUGUGUGGGAAGGCACGACAAUGGCACUGUAAUGUUGUGUGGCUUCUAGUCUCCUGCUUGCUGUCCAUUCUCCUGUGGGUAGCUUGGGUUGGUUUCUACGUCUAUGGAAACAAAGUACUUGAAAAGUCUCCGGACUGGGAUGAUCCAGCAUUGGCUGUGGCCCUGGUAGCACAGGGUUGGUUGUUAUUGCUGUGCCAUGCUGCUCCUGAAGCCCAUGCCUGUCUUCGAUCACCACCCCAGCCUUCAGCUCCAGACUAUUUUGAUACAUCUCAAAAUUCAUCACGCAUGAGAGAGGCCAGCCUUGAUGAGGACAUCCCACUUUCACACAGGCAGUUUGUGGAGAACCAAGGAUACGCGUUUGAUGAAAAUGCUGCAGGGUUGAGAAGUGGUAGCCAUCAUAACGGCAACACAGGAGCCAGACCCAGUGCACCCUUCAGAAGUAACGUCUACCAACCGACUGAGAUGACCAUGAUACUAAAUGGAGGAGCAGUUCCAUCCGCACCUCCCACAUACACAGGAAGACAGCUUUGGUAAAGGAGUCUGGGAGAAGGGUGAAUGGAAAAGAGGUGUGAGUUCCUGCACUGUAAAA